AUGAUCAAUUUGGUAUACUACUAUGUCUUGGCUGUUUUAUUUUUCAAUAUAAACGAUGCGACAAAACCGGAUAAUCCUUUACAUGGAACAAAUUCAAUAUGUGCUGAUGUUUGUACGCCAUCUGAAGCUCAUGUUGAAUUGGAUUUGAGUCAAGCACGAAUCUAUCGAGAAAAUGAACGUGUUGAAAUAAAAUUUCAACAGAUUGGUAGUGGCCGAUGUCGACAACCAGCUUUACUACAAAUUCCUCUGGAUACAAUUGGUAAACAUGGUAUUAUAAAAUUUGAUCUUAGUUUUGGUCCUGUUUUACAUAAUUUUAGUAUUGAUAUUGGAUUUAAUGAUGAAGAUAAUAAAACGAUAAGAACUGUUAAUAUAUUCAAUCAACAAGUAUCGGUUGAGUAUCAUUCAACUAAUGAGAAUAAAAUCGAUUUUUUUGAACAAUCCGUGACAUUACUUGGACCAGGCGACGAUCUAUCAAUAUUUAUAUCUAACGAAUGGAUUUAUAUUGAAAAUAAACAACGAAAUCAAUCAAGAUUAACAGUUUUUUUUAAUGACACCAAUCCUUUUCUAUUUGAUCAAUAUUCUUCUGCUACACAUCUCGCUAUUGGUCUUAAUCGUAACGUCAGUGGAACACAGACCGGUAUCGGUCUCUGUUUAGCUAAUAUAACAUUUAUAGAAUGUUAUACUAAUCAACAAGCUGCCUUGAAUAUUGAUGUCGAUAAUAAAAGGUUUGAACAACAAGAUUUUGAAAAUAUUACUUGGAUUAGCCAUUUAACUUAUCUUGAUCCAAAUGCUGAUAUACGCGAAUGUGCUGCACAAGGCGUUAUUCGUUUGACGUUUGAUCCUGAAGGACCACGACGUAUAGCUCGUUUUGAUUUAAAUAUGGGUUCUCAAGUUCACGGUUUUACAUUUAAUAUUGGUGAUUCACCAACGAAUAAUGGCUACGGUGGGGAUGGCGGUACAACUUCAAAUUCAGCUGAAAUCCAUUCAAAUGAUAAUCGAUUCUAUGUUUGGGCGAAUACGAAAAUUUGUGAUGAUACACUUCUGUUAAAUAUAGAUUAUAAUGUUAUCGAACCACAUGAUAGAAUUACAAUUCUUGUUAGUAAUGAACGUAUUGAAUUAACAAAUCAUCGCACAUACCAUCGAAUUCUUCGCAGUCCUUAUUUAUAUUCACUUUCUAAACAAAAUGUAACAUGUAAUUGUUUUGAUUCGCUUUGUUAUCCCGGUGUUCAACCAGAUAAUGAUAUUUAUUUUGGUAUAAAUCGCGUUAUUGGUGGAACUUACCGGCCUGGUAUUGGAGUUUGCAAUGCGUAUGUCAACUGGAUUCAAUGCAAGAAAAUUGAAGUGUCGCCACGAAUUAAAUACGAACCAAUAAUUACGACGACAGCGACUUCUACUAUUGAACUAAUGACAACGACUUCUACUACUGAAGCAACAACGACGACGACGACGACGACGACGACGACAAUCACCACCGCCGCCAAAGCUGAAGAAACUACAAUCAAUAUGAGCAAAGAACCAAUCGAUGUAACAACUAAAGCAUUCGAGCAUGCAAAUGAAAUGAUAAUGAGUACUGAACUUCUUUCAUUAACAACAAUGAUAGAAAAAAGUAAUCACAAUCAAACUAAUCAAAAUUAUUCAACUAGCACAUUGGUGUCGGUACCAUCAGCAAUGGUUCAUAUUGAUGAAGUAACAUCAACAGAACCAGAAAUAACUAUGGAAUUGAUGGUUGCUAAUACGACAACUAAUCAAGCAAAUGAUGAAGAGCAAACUUAUUUUACAAAUGCAUCAACAAAUACAAACGAAGAAGAAUCAUCGACAGUAUCAAUAUUGGGUCAUCAAUAUCGUUUAUUAAAUAUAUUAGCUAAUUUAUCACAAUAUGUCGCUACUGAAAAUACAUUUAUUGAAACAAUUUCAAAUGAUUUCAAAUCAACAACAACAACAGAGGAUAUUCUAUUGACAACAACAACAACAAUUGAUUCAACAGCAAGUUCAAAUCCAUGUACAUUGGAAAAUCUUGCAGCUAAUUUUGUCUAUCAUGAAUAUCCAUUAGAUAAACAUAAAUUUAUCUUUUGUGAUAGCGAAGGAAAAAUGAAUAUAAUUGCAUGUACACCAAAUGAUGUUUGGUCACAAAUGGAGCAAACAUGCAUUGCACCUGAUUUGAAAAACAAUUAA